AGGGCUGGCACAUUGUUGUUUCUUUGUCCCUCCCAGUACUUUGGGCUUUUACCUCGUCCGUACUGGAAUAAUGCACUACAGCCAGUUCGCCAUCUUGCUUCUUUCAAGUUGUGCUUUUGCCCACACAGUCAAACCAGAGGACCUAUAUAACGCUUUGAACACUAAUGAAACCAUCUGGCUAAAGCAGCGGAGCUAUAACAGAAGCACUUCGUGUGUAGGUGACAAAAUGGUGUUCCUGAAUCACACUGAUUACCAGUUUACGCAGUCCUACUUGAAUGGUACUCAAUAUCAAAACCAGACCCUCUUUGCGAAAUUGCAUAAUGCAACAGGGGGCGGGAAUCCUUACAUGACCGUCAGCAAACAACAAGGAGGAUAUGGGAUCAACUACACGCUAGAUUAUUGGAAUGACACGGAGAAGUGCGGAGUUCUUACAAUGAAGCCGGGAGGUCAGAAACAAUGUGAAAUGCACGUAUGGAAUUGCACGAUUGGGCAAUCAUUGACGGGAUGUGAAGCAGGCUACAACAACCUAUGUAACGGAACGUCGUAUCAAGUUUAUUCAAGCAACUGCACAACUACAGAUGCAUAAAAUUAAUAAGAUUUAUUGCUUCAUGCAGCAGUGUCGGUCAUCGCUGCUCGAGAUGUGAUGUAUUUCACGUGCACUGUGCAAAUAUUUUCCGUCGUACAUCAACAAUAAACGCAGUUUAGUGGUAGUGUCA